UUCUUUCUACUUAGUAGUUACUACUCUAUCUUUUUUAGUAGCUAUGGCUAGCAUAUCAUUGGUAUUACUAAUAAUAUUUCCUUUUCUUCUUAGAUUGAGCUCUGCUCAAUCCUUGUCCGCCAAUUUCUACUCUUCAUCGUGCCCAAAUGUCCUCUCGGUUAUUAAAACCGCGGUGAAUUCUGCUGUUUCUAGUGAGGCUCGAAUGGGGGCUUCGUUACUUCGUCUUCAUUUCCAUGAUUGUUUUGUUAAUGGUUGUGAUGCAUCGGUGCUACUAGAUGAUACAUCAAACUUUACGGGAGAGAAAACCGCUGGACCAAAUAGUGGAUCGAUAAGAGGAUUUGAUGUGAUAGACACUAUCAAAACUCAAGUGGAGUCUUCUUGUGCUGGCAUUGUAUCUUGUGCAGAUAUUUUAGCUGUUGCAGCACGAGAUUCUGUUGUCAAACUUGGUGGCCCUAGUUGGACUGUUUUACUAGGCAGAAGAGACUCAACUACUGCAAGUUUGAGUGCAGCAAACAGCAAUCUUCCUGGACCAACUUCGAGCCUCAGUGCACUCAUUUCUUCCUUCUCUAACAAAGGUUUAACCGCUAGGGAAAUGGUCGCUCUCUCAGGAAGUCACACAAUAGGCCAAGCGCGAUGUACUACUUUCAGAACGCGCCUAUACAAUGAAGCCAAUAUAAAUGCCUCAUUUGCAACUACAGUAAAAGCAAACUGUCCACAAAGUGGUGGUGACAACAAUCUUAGCCCACUAGACAUCACAAGCCCAACUUCAUUUGACAAUGCUUACUACAAGAACUUGCAAAUUCAAAAGGGCCUUCUUCAUUCUGAUCAAGUGUUAUUUAAUGGAGGAUCUACUGACUCAAUAGUUAACACUUAUAGCUCCAAUUCCGCGACUUUCUCCACUGAUUUCGCAAAUGCUAUGGUGAAAAUGGGAAAUCUUAGCCCUCUUACUGGAACCAAUGGACAAAUCCGUAAAAAUUGCAGGAAAACAAACUAAGAUUUAUGAA